GACUGCGUGACUGCCAUUAACCCUAGCUAUCCACUUCACUCACUGCCCACCACUUGCAGCACCUCUAUCUCAUCCGCCAUGAACUUCUUCGACCCACCCAACAGAGCUUCGCCAAACUUAUCCCUGUCCCCCAUGUAGCCCGCAGGCACAUUCUUGUUGUUGGUGUACUGAUAGCAGCUGCGGAUGUCGGCAGCAGGCCAGACACCGCCAUCACCCAAAUACAGAUUCCCACUUAUGUACACACUUGCACCACUCGCACUCCCCUCCCUCCCCGCCACGAACACCCACUGACCUCGGUCGAUCUUGAUCUUGGUCGGCUUGUCGAAGUGGCCCACCAGUGAGAACCACCACACAUCACAGUUACAUCUGCGAUAGCUGGUCGGGUCGUCAGGCGGCUGCAGGCCGGCGCUGAUAUACACGCCGAACACAUAUCGGCCCCUGCGGACGAUGAUCACCAGGCCGGUCUUGUCGCCCACACAGCGCAGCAAAUCGCUAUACGUGGUGCCGUCACCCGAUGACCUGACAUAUACAGUGAGAAGCAGCGACAUCAGGAUACACACGUCGAGUGCAUGUGUGACUGCCCACCUGUAGACCACACCAAGCGGCUUCUUCGCUCCCAGCCAUCCAUGCAGGGAAGCGUACUGCAGGACGGUGAGCGACAUGUCAGGAAAGGUCACCUGGAUGCAACAUUGCAAGGAGGAAAGAGACAAUAAGUCCAAUGCAUUGCGCACUAGCGUGGAUCUCCUACACGCACCGGCAUGGUGUGGAUCGCAUUGAUUUCUGUGCGCAGGGCGCCCAGCUGUAGAGUCUGGACAACAGAGCUACCUGUGAGCUGAAUGUUUGCCUCUCCGUCCUCCCUCAUUCCUCACCUGAUAGGCCGAUAGGGCUGCCACUGCCGCGAGUGACACCACCACAACAAACUGCACACACAUGACAGACGGCACAGUUCACACAUUGCCCCCACAUGUGUGCAUUUCCCGCUUACCUGCAUACUGCAGCCCAAUGACGCUACGCUCGUGGCGCCAUCAGCGUGCUCUUCCCCGUCCCCUUUGGCAUCAGCGGAGUGCCGUGGAGUCUCGCCCGCAGCUGCCUCAGGCAGGUCGUGGUAGCCCAUCUGCUCGUCAGUGCCGUCUUGAUGUGGCUGCAUCUGCCUCUCCCCCUCCCAGUCACCGGUCUCAGACAAGGCGGGACAACGAUUGGCAGGGCCGAUGGGGCUGCCAAUCACGGCAUGCGUGUCGUUCUGAUCUGACUCGCUGGCCAUCUCUCUCGCAGCUGGUGGCUCGACUGUCCUAAGGCUUCCGUUGAUGAGGGCUGCCAUGAGCAAGCCGAGAGCGAUGCCGAGUAUCAAUCCGCAUGAGAAGACGGCCGCGCACUGUUUUCUGGCCUUUCGUUCUGCAUGAAUGAGCUGAUCUGCCGCCUCCUCGAGUGUCAUGACGCGCGGCGACAACGGGGAGCUCAUGCAGCCGGGAAUGGCCUCCGUCAUCGAUAAUGGUGCUGAUAGUGCUGUUUGGUCCUCUGCAGCUGACGUCCUGAUCGCACCUGCAGCGAGAUCCACAUGCAGGACAACAGGACGUGCAAUAGGUAACCGUGGCUGACUCAUCAUAUGCAAUUCAUCGACUUCACUGUGACUGUCUGUUUGACUCACUCUCGCUCGUCCUCCUUGUCACACAGAAUCCGCAAUCCCCGCGCGCAUGCGUGCGCGCUUAGCCG